CUCCUCUUACAAGCUUUUUGGUGGAGUUUUAGACGAAGAUUUCACGAUGAAUUAUCAUGAAGAACCUCUCGUCGCUAUAUCAUCAGCUUUGAACCCAACUUCAAGAUAUUGUAACUCACCGAGUGAAGAGCUUGUACAGCGCGUGAAAGAAGCUUCAUUUAGCUUUACAGUUGAAUCUACAAAGACCCUUCACUCGUCAAACAAUAAUUGUCCAACGCCUCGCGCAGAGAAACGUGGCCACAGCGAAUCACGACAUGAACACGGUCAACGAUCACGCAGUCGACAGUCUGCUUCACGGUCGACGAGACAACUACGAAGAAAUGAAAGAGAAAGAGGACGAAAAGCGAGGCUUAAUGCAGCAUUUCAGGUGUUGAAGAGUGUUGUUCCAGACAACAUUAAUACAACAACAGGGUCAUCGGAUCGUAAAAUGACACAAGUUGAAAUCCUACGACUAGCUAAGAAUUAUAUAUCGAACUUAACAGAACUUCUAAGGCAAGAUACGAACCUUKCGUUUGCAGCAUUUAAAACUGAAUAAAUACCGGUUAUAUUUGUGAUAGGACAUGAACAGUGAAGGAAUAAUCGUAUGGUCACGCCAUGGCAAAGACAUUAUCAAUUCUAGUACAAGAUUGACUUCUCAGCAUUCAUGAAUACAUCAYUACCAUUGAGCCAUGUCAAAAGACAUCCUUUAAGCUAUUCGAGACAAGGAAAAAGAUCAAGACAACGAACAAAUGGUCUCGAAAUAACGACCAGGAUUAACUAAGGGAUCAAGAACCAGGAUGCCGAAGAUCGGUCACGUGAUGCAAACGUUCUUCAAGUUUUGGGUUUAUUUUGCUGUUGAAUACUGUUUGAAGAUCACGAGGAGAGUCAGUAGCGGUUGUCAAUGAUUUCUUUGUCACUAAUGACCAAGGCAAAUUUCUUGUUUAAGAAGUAGUGUUGAAUGCGACAAUCCCACAUGGUCCGGACAUCGUCGGAUAUAUAAAAGAUCCAAUAAUAGUGUUAUUAUACAGGCUAAGCUAGGAUGAAUACUCAACGUUAUUAAUACAAAACAACCCCAAAGGAACUGCCUAGUAACCUCUUAUGUGGACCAAUUGAUCACGCUACCAAUAAAUCUAUAGAAUCACCUUACAACCCAGGCAGUGUGCUUUGACAGUAUGAAAAACACCACAUCAUAAAAUAGCACAUUCCACAAAAAACAUACGAGAAAAGCGUGUUUUCUUACUUUGAAAAUCAAAGCUACAAAAAUGAUCAAAUACACAAAGAACAAAUUAAAUGAUUCAAA